AUGCUCUCAAGCCAAGAGCCUCCCCUGAUAGUUGUGUUGGGUGGGAUUAACAUGGACCUGGUCACUAUGACGGACCGGUUUCCUGGAGCCGGCGAAACCGUGGUGGGGAACCGCUUCCUUACCUACGGCGGUGGCAAAGGAGCGAACCAGGCCGUCGCAGCCGGACGCAUGGGGGCAAGAGCGGCCAUGGUAGGACGCGUGGGUGACGAUGUCUUCGCCUCCCCGGCGCUACAAACCCUUGUUGACUCAGGGGUGAACAUUUCGCCCGUGGGAAUUACUCCGGACACCAGCACCGGAAUCGCUGUCAUUAGCAUUAACGUAGACGCCCAAAACCAGAUAAUCCAGGUUUUGGGGGCCAAUAAUACGUGUGGGGACGAAGAGGAGGCCAAGGUAAUGGGUCUCCUGGACGGGGCAGCGGCACUAUUGCUGCAACUGGAGGUUUCGGUUGAACUGUCUCUCCGGUGCGCGCAGGCCGCGAGAGCGAAGGGAGUCAGGGUGGUUCUUGACCCGAGUCCGGUACGGCCGUUGCCAGACGCUUUCUACGGAUGCUGCGACAUCAUUACACCCAACGAGACCGACGCCCAGGCUUUGGUGGGUAUGCCGGUCACCGACCGGGAAACGGCAGCACAGGCCGCAGGGACGUUGUUGAGCAGAGGGGUUGGCACUGCCAUUGUCACGCUGGGGCCGCAGGGCGCUUACUAUGCCACGGCGGAAGGCGGAGAGUUUGUGCCAGCUUUUGCAGUUGAGGCCGUUGACUCGGUAGGGGCUGGAGAUGCUUUCAAUGGUGCUCUGGCCGUUGCCCUGGCCGAAGGUCGAGACUUGGGGGAGUCGGUCAGGAUGGCCGCGGCAACCGGGGCAAUGUCAGUAACCAGAAGUGGGGCCCAGGACUCAAUGCCGACGCGCGAGGAAGUUGAAGCCUUAUUGCGUCAAUCCCCCUGCUGA